UUAUAGACGAUUUGGUUAUUUAACUGUUACAAGCCAGCACCCAUUCGGGUACCAGCUCGCUUUUAAUAACGUUGGGUAAAGUAUCAUAUAGUUCAAAUAUCACCAAACAUGAGGAACGCUAUUCUGGCAUUAGUUUUAUUAGUGGGUUUGGUUGCUACGGUCAACUGUAAUUGUGUCACAGAGACUGCACAGGCAUGCAUUGCCACCCAAACAUCCGAGCUUGCAAGCUCCGGAUUUGACAUUGGAGGAAAAUGCAGUGCAUUCAAGAAUUUUAUAAAUUGUAUAUCAGAAGCGGGCUGCAUCAGUGAAGCUUCAUAUAAAACGCCUGUAGACACAGCCAAGUCAUUCAUAAGCACCUUCUGUAACAGCGGAACCAUGGUAACAGUUUCAGUUUUGACUCUGUUUCUUACUCUGUCCGCAGUGGCCUUCUAGUGAACCACUUUCUGUGUAUGGCAGCACGAACCACGUUACUCAAUCUUGGAAAUGCUGAACAAAAAAAGAAGAAAAAGAACUGUUACCAGAAUUAUUCUAGUUUACAAAUAAAGAAUAUUUUUGUCAGUACUAUAAAAUGUUAGAAAGCUAAUGACAAGUUAAGUUAUAUAUGGAAAUCUAAUAAACAUUUGUUUCCCUUCAAAGGAAUAUCAGUUUUCUAUUUAUAUCAAUAAAAUGUUUGAUUAUU